AUGAGUGGAUGUGUCUCUAUUCCAUGGAAAGAGGUCAAAGGUGAAGAAGCAAUGCUCCUUGACCUAUAUCUACCUGAGGUCCAUCUGAGCCCCGAAGCUCAAACGCGUCUACCACAGAUCCCUGCUGUGAUCUAUUUCCAUGGUGGCGGUAUGACGGUCGGCGACAGGAAAAGUUGGUUCCCUUUGUGGCUACAGCAACGUAUCAAUUCUGCCGGAAUUGCCUUCAUAUCGACAGAUUAUUCUCUCCUACCGCCGGCAUCGGGGCAUCAGAUCGUACGAGACAUACAAGACCUCUUCGGAUUCCUAUCAACUGGUCAGAUGAAUGACUGCUUGAAGGCUGCUUUUCCGCAGACAAAGUUUCUCAUCAACCCAAAUGCUCUCGCCGUAGCAGGAUCAAGUGCAGGAGGACUGUGUUCAUACCUGGCUGCCAUCCACGCAUCCCCCCGUCCAAUCGCUUUGCUCUCCAUGUACGGGAUGGGAGGCGACUUUCUCACACCUCACUACCUUAUCCCGAAAUCGAAACCGUUUUUCCGAGGUCGAGAAAUCCUCGAUCCCAAAGAUUAUGAAGAAUUUCUCUAUCCUCGCUCUGAAUCCCUCCCCAAGACACACUGCUCACCUCUGGCCUAUCACGACAAAAGUUAUGUCAUCCCUGGGUUCCCCGCAAAUCCCAGAAUGCUGCUUUCGAGGCUGUAUCUGCAAAUGGGCACCUACCUAGAUUAUUGGACCGGGGACCAGAGCCCCAGGGUCAGUUCGCUGCUUCGCGACGUGCUCAAACGCCCUCACGAGGAAAAGGAACUUGAGCAGAUAAUCCCCUCUCCACAUCGUGGACUCUUUCCGCAAUUCAAUGUCUCUUCAGAUUGGCCUCCGUCUUUCUUGUGUCAUGGUUCUGACGAUUCGGCCGUCCCAUUGGCAGAAUCACAACACAUCUACGAUCAAUUACAAAAGGCUGGCGCGUCAGUCCAGCUAGAGAUCGUUCAAGGCAAGGAACACUCGUUUGAUUACGAGUUCGGCGCGGAGAGAAUACACGGAGAUCUUUUUGAUCGCAUUAGCCGCUUUCUAGUAUUGACACUAGGCAGCAGGGAGACGGGCUGUUCUGAUGUCAUCCUGUCUUAG